GGGCGGGGCCGCCAGGGGCGGGACCGCGCAGCCAUGUCGGAGGGACCGGCGACAAUGGCGGCCCCGGCGCCGAUGGCGGAGACGCGGCUGCGGCGGAAGCAGCUGCUGAGCGCGGAGGAGGCGGAGCUGUUCGAACUGGCGCAGGCGGCGGGCAGCGGGCUGGACCCGGAGGUGUUCCGGGUGUUGCUGGACCUGCUCCGCAUGAACGUGGCGCCGCUCGCCGUGUUCCAGGUGCUGAAGUCGAUGUGUGCCGGGCAGCGGCUCCCGCCCGCCGCCGAGAGCGGCCCCGCCGCGCCGUUGCCCGCCGACAGCCGAGGGAGAAAUAAAACCAGCUCUGCUGUCGGUGGGUCACAGAUUCUGGCCGAAAGAAGCAGCCGGGAAGGAUCUGCCCAGAGGAUGCCGCGACAGCCGAGCGCGAGCCGCAUGCAGAAGGCUGGAACCUCUGGCAAGAGCAGUGGGGGAGGCAACAGUGCCUAAAUAAGGCCUUGGAACAGAUGGAUUUGGAUCCUUGAGAGUGUAUAUAUAUUGUGCUUGUUAAAGCUGCUUGUGUUGUAUGUAUUAACCUAAAAACAUGAUUUGUAAUACAGGGAA